GAGGAGGAGGAGGAGGAGGAGGAGGGGAAAGGAGAGGCCACGCCAGGCACCAACUGAGACAAAAGUAUCUCCAAACCAGCACCCAACUCCACCUUGAGAGGCGGUCGCCUCAGCAUGGCUUCCGAAGAACUCUACGAGGUAGAGAGAAUUGUUGAUAAGAGGAAAAACAAGAAAGGAAAAACAGAAUAUUUAGUGCGAUGGAAAGGCUAUGAGAGCGAAGAUGACACGUGGGAGCCUGAACAGCACCUUGUGAAUUGUGAGGAAUAUAUACAUGAAUUCAAUAGACAUCACAAUGAAAAGCAAAAAGAAAUCACAAUAACAAGGACAAACAGGACAUCUCCAAAUAAUGCAAGAAAACAAAUUUCUAGAUCUACAAAUAGUUCGUUUUCAAAGACAUCUCCCAAGUCUUUAGUUAUUGGGAAAGACCAUGAAUCAAAAAAUAACCAAUUGUUUGCUUCUGCCCAGAAGUUUCGGAAAAAUGCCAGUCCUCUCUCUGGUAGAAAAAACAUGGAUCUUUCAAAAUCAGGCAUCAAAAUCCUUGUUCCCAAAAGUCCUAUUAAAAGUCGGACAGCGGUGGAUGGAUUUCAAAAUGAAAGCCCUGGUAAGCUGGACCGGAUAGAACAGGAUCAAGAAGAUUCUGUGGCACCAGAAGUGGCAGCAGAAAAACCAGUUGGAGCUUUAUUAGGGCCUGGAGAAGAGCGUGCCAGAAUGGGGAGUAGGCCAAGAAUACAUCCGUUAGUGCCACAGUUACCUGUGCCAGUAACCACUACCAUUGCAUCUGCUUUAACAAUAAAUGGAAAAGGUACAUCUACCUUCAUAGAAGCAUUAGCAACCAAUGGUACCAACAUACAGACUUCAGUGACAGCCAGCAAACGAAGAUUUAUUGAUGAAAGGAGGGACCAACCUUUUGAUAAGAGGCUACGAUUCAGUGUGAGACAAACUGAAAGUGCUUACCGGUACAGAGACAUUGUUGUCAGGAAACAAGAUGGCUUCACGCACAUUUUAUUAUCAACCAAAUCAUCAGAGAACAAUUCAUUAAAUCCAGAGGUAAUGAAAGAAGUCCAAAGUGCACUGAACACAGCAGCAGCUGAUGACAGCAAGCUUGUCCUCCUCAGUGCAGUUGGCAGUGUCUUUUGCUGUGGCCUUGACUUCAUUUAUUUUAUACGGCGCUUGACAGAUGAUAGAAAAAGGGAAAGCACUAAGAUGGCAGAUGCUAUUAGGAAUUUUGUAAAUACUUUCAUUCAGUUUAAGAAGCCCAUCAUUGUAGCAGUAAAUGGCCCAGCCAUUGGACUUGGAGCAUCUAUAUUACCUCUAUGUGAUGUGGUUUGGGCUAAUGAGAAGGCUUGGUUUCAGACUCCAUAUACGACGUUUGGGCAAAGUCCUGAUGGAUGUUCAUCCCUCACAUUCCCAAGAAUAAUGGGCCUGGCAUCUGCAAAUGAAAUGUUGUUCAGUGGAAGGAAGCUGACUGCACAAGAAGCCUGCGCGAAAGGACUGGUGUCUCAAGUUUUUUGGCCCGGAACAUUCACCCAGGAAGUCAUGGUUCGAAUUAAGGAACUUGUCACUUGUAAUUCAGUUGUACUUGAAGAAUCCAAAGGUUUAGUUCGUAAUAUAAUGAAGGGGGAUUUAGAACAAGCAAAUGAUAAGGAAUGUGAAGUUUUAAAGAAAAUUUGGGGAUCUGCUCAAGGGAUGGACUCGAUGUUAAAAUACUUGCAGAGGAAGAUUGAUGAAUUCUGAAGAGAUGUGCAUUGACACUGGAAUUGUAUUUACUUGGACAUCUGGAUUUCGUGGAUGCCCUAACUGAAUUAAAAAAUCUAAAAUAAAGCUUACCCAUUGCUCAGAAAGCGUGGAACUAAAGCUUGGAAGAACGUGGUUUUAUUAUUGAGGGUUUUUCAAGACGUACUGUAUGUUAAGCAUUGAACAAAUUUCCUUUCUCCUUAUAUAGAUACAAAUAUAUAUAAAUAUAUAUUAUAUUUCUUUAUAUACACAAACUAAAAAAAUAUAAUGGAGUGCACUACCAAACUUUGUCUUCUACUUUGUUAUCAUUGGCUAGUACUGUAUCUGAAAGAAAGUGACAGAUAAAAUGAGGCGUUGCAUUAUUUUGUAUGUGGCAGGAAAGUCCUGAAGCAAUGAGAUAUUUUUUCACUAGAGUACAGAACUAAAACGGGUAUCGGCCAGCCCUUACUUUCACUGCCCAAUAAGUUGGUUAAGAGGAGGAAUUGCCUUGAAUUCCAAGGAAGGUUUAAAAAUACCUCAAGUAAUGACACAUUCUAAAAUGCAUUAUUU